GAUAGAUAGGUAAGAUAACAAAACCCCCGAGCUAGUUCAAACUUCAAGUCUUCCGUGUUUACGAUUGAUUUGAUAGAAGGCAUUAAAGGCAGUUGUUAACACGAUUCAAGUGCAGUGAUCAUUGUGUACUUACCUGAUUAAAUACGACUUUCAGAAAAGAAAUUGUAAUGGCAGAUAUAAUUCUUUUACAAUCUCCACCGCCUAAACUUGAAGAAGUUCAGAAGAACAUAUUUAGCAAGGCUGCAAAAGACUUUUUAGUGAAUUUACAUAGAGAAUUUGAUUCCAAAAUCGACCUGCUGUAUAAAAAUCGUUUAAAACGUUUGGUAGACUUGCAAACUCGACCUACAUUAGAGUUCAAAAAGUCAAUAGAGAGAAACGAUAAAACUUGGAACAUUGCUCCAUUGCCUACAAGACUGCUUAACCGGCAUUUAGAUUUGGGUGACGUGUCUGCAUCAAACACCGCUCACUUUGUAUCAGCAUUGAACUCUGACAUCCAAGGAAUACAAGUAGACUUUGACGAUGGACAUUGUCCGACAUGGAAGAACCAAUUGGUGGCUUUUCAAAAUAUUAACCUGGCUUUGAAAGGAAAUCUUCCUGGAGCUCCACUCAGCAUCUCUACGUGUCCUGUACUAAUGUUACGUCCCAGAGCUUGGAAUAUGAUUGAGCAUAACAUUUUGAUUGAUGGAAAAGAAGCCAUUGGGCCUUUGGUGGACUUUGCUAUACUUAUGUUCCACAAUGGGCAAAGACUGUAUGAAGCAAAUAGUGGACCAUAUUUUUAUCUGUCAAAACUGGAAGGGGCUUCGGAAGCUUUGCUAUGGAAUGAAAUAUUUGUAUGGACCCAAAACGAACUUGGUCUGCCCCAAGGAACUAUAAAAGCUUGUGUCCUAAUAGAGAAUAUAAUAUCCACAUUUGAGUUGGAAGAGAUACUGUAUGCUCUCAAAGAACAUUCUUUAGGACUCAACUGCGGCAUUUGGGAUUACUGUGCGUCUGUUAUCGCAAAAUUUGGUGAACGCAAAGAGUUUCUCUUGCCGGACCGCAAUAAAUACGUGAACAUGGACCGUCAUUUCUUGGACAGUUACCUACGGUUAGUUGUGGCCACUUGCCACGCUCGGGGGGCCCCAGCUACUGGUGGAAUGGCCGCUGCGAUGCUCAAACCAGGCGCUGACGUCAACGAUAAACAUUCGAAAGAAAUUAUUAACAAAAUACUCGAUGCGAAACUCAAGGAGAUUGAAGCAGGCGUAGACGGAUUCAUGGUGUACGACUCGAGAGUGGUUCCGUAUGUAAAUGAACUUUGGAAGAAAAACGGUGACACUCCAAACCAGAUAUUUCGAAAGUUUACAACGAACAUAACCUCAGCAGAUCUCCUCACUAUUCCCAGUGGUGGAGUUACUUUACAAGGGCUUAAACACAAUGUCGCAGUGUCUAUUAUGUUCAUAUACCACUGGCUGGCUGGAAUAGGUCAUUUCUUCUACAACGGCUACGUUGAAGAUUCAGCGACUGCCGAAAUUUCUAGAACGCAAAUAUGGCAGUGGAUCAGGUUUUCGCCCCCUCUAGAAGACGACCCGACUCAGCAUGUGACAGCGAAACUGGUGGAGAAGACAGUCGCAAGUUUCGCUGCCCACGCGCACAAGAAUUUGUGCAGAUCAAAUGCGGAGCGUAAGCGUCUCACAGCUGCUAGAUAUAUGAGCACUGAACUAUUCCUCUCUAGGAACCCACCUGAAUUUAUUACCAGCUACCUUAACGACAACCACAAGUUCAGAACUUUGCACAAUAAGGCGUUACUGAGUAACUUGUAAAACAUGUCUACUAUAUUUUCCACUAUGACUGGUCCAUUCUACAAAAAAAAAAUAAGGAAAACCUUAUAGUAAUUAGUUUUCUUUCAUACUCAUGGGUAAAAAGGACUCUUAUCGUAUUUUUUUGUGUUCUGUUUACAUGUACAAAUAUAAUACAUAAAUAGCCUAUAUACACGCCCCAGAAUGAAGCAUACUCCACCACGCUGCUCCACUGGGGGUGUCAGAAAUGUAAUAUAUUUUUCAAAUUAUAUUAAAAAUAUAUUUUUGUAUACAAAUGUUAUAUCUACAACAUUUUAUAAUAUAAUGUUAUUGUCAUAUUAUACAUAUAAACUCAUACUACUGUGAUCCAUUAUUUUAAGCUUUAAUCAUGCCAAAUGUAGUCUUAAAUCAUUAUAUUUUUCCAUUAAUAAAUA